GCAUUGCUUCUCUUCAUCUUAUCCACUUAGUCAUCAUUAUUAUAAAUAUCUACACUCUACAAUCAUGAAACUACUACAAACUCAUUUAUCAAAGCUUUCAAGUUUCAACCAUAUAGCUUCAUAAAGAGUACUUUAAUUAAUUAAGAUAACACUACAUUACAAAGUUCAUGAUGCUUUGGUCUUUCUUUGGAAAGGUACACGAUGGUCUCGCAGUAGUCUUUGCACCAAUAAAGAGAUCAUUUACACUGACCAGCAACGACGAUUCAGCAACAACAGAGGUGCCGGGUGACGUUUUGGAAGGGCACUUUGUGGUUCUUGCAAACAAGGGUGAAGAAACCAAAAGGUUUAUUGUGGAGUUGCACUAUUUGGAUGACCCUGCAUUUUUGGGACUGCUGGAGCGGGCAAGAGAAGAGUAUGGUUUCAGACAGAAGGGGGUUUUGGUAAUUCCCUGCCACCCUCAAGAGCUAGAGAAGAUUCUAGAACAACCAAGGGAUCAUGAAAGUGUUGGAGGAGAUGGAGGCAAAUUAACAGAUUCAAUUCAAGAUAUUAGUGAAUGUAGCGCCAUUUCCUGCAGUAGUUGACAUGAAAUGGGAAACAAGUUUGUUGAAUUUAAUAGAAAAUUAAUCAUUAGAUAUUUAGAUUCAAAUCAGCCAUAUCUUGUUUAAGACUUCUGGGGCAUGCUACUAAUAAUUUAAUAGAGUAAAUUUGUUGUUGUCUCCAUGAACAUAACUUCGUUGCACCAAUCUCGUGAGGGUCAAAUUCAACUUCAUCAAGUUAAUUUAGCUUGGUGUAAUAAGUACAACAACUGUUUUCUUUCUAUCAAAUGAUGUAUA